AUGGACGUCUUUUAUACAAAACUUGACGCACAUAUUCAAAGUCUCAAUGAAAAGUUUCGUGCAAAAUAUCUCAUUAAAAGAGAAAUGUAUGAAGACAUCAUUCUGGUUCUACGGGAUGGCUGGGGUAGUCCUCAAUUCAGAUUUUGGGUUCAAAAGAAUUUUUUGUUGGUCAAAGUUGGAGAUUUAAAUAUGGUGUAUAAUAAUCACAAAAUUAGUCGUCCAGUCGUAGUUUAUGAAGAAGUUUAUGCAAAACUGAGUGAAUGUCAUAAUCGAGUAGGUCACCAUGGACGCGAUAAAACCUGGCAUGAGGUGAAAUCACAAUACUUCUGGAUACCAUAUGAUGUUGUCAUCAUACCCUCUACUUAUUGA